GGCUUCUUGUUGCAGAUUCUGGUCACGCGGAGCUAAGGAGGAUACUUAUAUUUUCAAAAUUGGUGGCAUAUUUGCAUCGUUUUGUACCGAAUCUGCCCAUUUUAGUUUGUUCUAGUAUCUAAGUCUGCCUCAGCAUGUCUCUGAAUCCGGCUAAGAUGAAGGUGGCCGAGCUGAAGGCCGAGUUAGACGCGCGCGGCUUGGAUUCGAAAGGGUUGAAAGCUCAGCUUGUGGAACGUUUGCAGGAGGCCCUGGCUGUAGAGGCUUCUCUGGAGUCUGCACCCGGCGCAGGCGGCGAGGAGGAAGAAGUGGAGGAAGCAGAAGAAGCCGGAGAGUCGGAGGAAGGCUCGGAGGAAUACGAAGAAGAAGGCGGAGGGGUCGAAGAAGAGGAGGAGCCCGUCGCGGAAGAGCCCGACGCGUUCCAACAACAGCAGUACCAAGAAGAAAGCAUGGAGUCUGCCGACGCCGCGGCCGCCGAGGAGCAGGGCGGAUACGAACAGUACCAGGAGGAACCCCAGGUCCCCGCAGAGGAAGAACCGCAGGAGCAGUGGGGAGAAGAUGCAGCUGAGACAAGUGAGGAACCUGAGAUCGCGCCACAGGAAACACCUGCGGAACAGGAAACACCUGUAGAACAGGAAACACCUGCGGAGGAACCCCAGGAAACAAGUGUGAACGAUAACGCUGACUCAGCAGAACCCGAGGUGACACCCGAGCCAGCAUACACAGGUACAGAGGCAACAGAGGGCCAUGACCAAGAUUACAUGGAAGGUCCCGAGGGUGAUGGGGAGGGUGAACCUGCACCACCUGGGACAGGGGGCAAACAGAAGGUGAUGAGCUAUGAGGAGAGGAAGAGGAAGCGUGAGGUUGACCAGGCUGUCGCUGCUGAAUACCAGGACGACAGGGACGACUACAGGGCUCCUCGUCCUCCACCAGUUGAAGAAGAAGAAGAUGACAUUGAUGAGAACACGGUUGUUCUCGACAAAUACAACUCUGAUCUGCACUUCAAGAUCUCCCGUGACGGUCUGAAGGGGUACCCGCUGAAUGUGGAGGGCUUUGCGUUCCUGUGGGCCGGGGCGCGGGCCACUUGGGGCGUCAAGGCGGGCAAGGUGUGCUUCGAAGUCAAGAUAACGGAAGACCUUGAUGUGAAGCACCUCCCAACGGAUGAGCCAGACCCAGUGGUCAGCAGGGUGGGCUGGUCCAUCGACUAUUCAAGCAUUCAGCUGGGGGAGGAGCCCUUCUCAUAUGGUUAUGGUGGCACAGCCAAAGCCUCGGCAUCCUGCAAGUUUAAGGACUAUGGGGAGCGGUUUGGUGCUGGGGAUGUGCUGGGGUGCUAUGUGGACUUCACGGCUGCCCAGCCCACCAUUUCCUUUACCAAGAACGGGGAGGACCAGGGAGAAGCGUUUGUGAUUGAGGAGGACCUGGAAGGUCGCGGUCUCUUCCCGCAUGUUCUGUGUAAGAACCAGUCUGUGGAGUUCAACUUUGGGCAGCUGGAGGAGCCUUGGUUUCCCCUGAAGGAAGGGUUUGAGCUGAUCGAAAAGAUCGCGGUGGAGGAGAGGGUGAGAGGAACCAAGGGGCCAGAAGCUAAGAAGGAUGCAGAGACUGCAGGGAAGUCAACCGGUCCGGAGAUGCUGCUGAUGGUCGGCCUGCCAGGUGCUGGGAAGACUUACUGGGCAGAGAACCACAUGAAGGCCAACCCUGAGAAGAAGUACAACAUCCUGGGCACCAACUACAUCAUGGACAAGAUGAAGGUUAUGGGUCUGCCCCGUAAGCGGAACUACGCUGGUCGCUGGGACGUUCUGAUCCAGACUGCCACCAAGUGUCUGAACAGGAUUAUUGAGAUCGCCUGCCGCAAGAAGCGCAACUUCAUCCUGGACCAGACUAAUGUGUAUGCGUCAGCAAGGAGACGAAAAAUGACCCCUUUUGAGGGUUUCCAACGCAAAGCUAUCGUAGUAGUGCCGACCGAUGAGGAAUACAAAAAAAGGUGUGAGAAGCGUACGUCAGUUGAGGGCAAGGAGGUUCCAGACGAAGCCGUGUUGGAAAUGAAAGCCAACUUCACCCUGCCCCAUCCUGGGGACCUGUUCGAGACUGUGGAGUACAUAGAGUUGCAGGAGACUGAGGCAGAGAAGCUUGUUGACACGUAUCGCGAGGAGGGCCGAAAGUACGGGCCUCCGCCCAAACGCUUCCGGGACCAGCGUGGUGGCAGGCCAGGUGGGUUUGACCGUUUCCGCCAGAACCAAAGGGGUGGUUAUGGCCGUGGAGGCUAUGGCGGAGGUGGUGGCUACCGCGGUGGUCGUGACUGGAGAGGCGGCGGCGGUGGUUACCGUGACAACUACCGUAACCAGGGUGGUUACCGUGACAACUACCGAGGUGAUCGGGACAGACAGCGAAGUGACAGAGGUGGUCGCGACUCAUGGGGCAGUCGCGACAAAGGCAGAUCUUAUAACCAAGGCCGAUAUAACCAGGGUGGUGGCUACGGUGGUGGUUACAACCGGGACCGUGGGUAUGGAUCAGGUGGCUACAACCGGGAUCGUAGCUAUGGAAAUGGCAACUACAACCAGGGCGGUGGGUACAACCGCUACAACCAGGGCAGCGGAGGUGGUUACAACAGGGGCAGCUCAUCGGACGGGUCCUACGGGAGCUACAGCCAGCAAGGCUACGGCUCCCAGCAGGGGUAUGACCAGUCUGGGUACGGGAACUACAACCAGGGAAGCUACAGUGGCUACAACCAGUCUGGCUACAACCAGCAGGGAUACGGACAGAACUAUAACCAACAGUACCAACAGUACCAGCAGCAGUACCAACAGUAUCAGCAGCAAUACCAGCAGUACUACGGCAACCAGAACCAGCAGAGCCAGCAGCAGCAGUACCCCAACUACUACAACUACAACUACAACCAGAGCUCUGGUGGCAGCAGCUCUUCCCGCUAAACCCAACACCCAGCCAACCCCAGGCGCACAGGUGUGGGCCCUGUAGUGCAUUCCAUCCACCCAUCUACGGUGAUGUUUGUGAGCCUCUCAAGGGGCGACUGAUGUAAUUAUGUAGACUCUAGUUCAUGUAUCUUCCAUACUCGUCGAUCUGUAAGAAAUUUUGGCUGAGAAAAACGUCUUGCCACUAUGCUUAGAGAUUGAAACUGGUGUUUGAUGAAAUCCCUGUUGUAAAUAGAAAACAAGCUUGCUUCUCAGUUUGAACAGAAUUAAAACCAUGGCAUCUUGCUGAAAUUGUUUCUAAGAUAAGUAAAAAGUGUUCAUGUUUUGCACGUGUCCUAAUCGUCUCCAGCACAGAUUGAGAAAAUCAACUUGUAGGAACUUGUAUCUCAUGAAGUGUGUAUCCAUGAUCACUUGCGCAGUUUAUGUUCUCAGACAGUGUAGUAGAUUUUGCACCUGAUCGCAGCUACGUGGAAAUCUUUUAGUAGUUUUCUUGAGCUUUAGUUAUUCCUUUUUAAGAGAUUUUAAAGAUAAGACCUGGCAAACCGAUGAUGUACCGAAGAGAAAGUAAUUCUGUAAUCAGUGAGUAGCAACACUGAGGAGAAAUUGUAAGGAUAAAGCUGUUGUCAACUGUUGAUUUACCAGUACCAAUAAACUGGUGGUUUGCCAUCACAACUGUCA